UCUCCAUGGAGAUAGACGUAUCUAUGAGAUUAAUAUAAUAUUAUCGUGUACGCAUACUUAUUAGCGCGUGUUCUGUGUAACUGUGUGAUAUGUGAUCAGAUAGUGAGACAAAUUUAAGGAUGUAUUUCAUUAUUAUUUUGAGCUUAUUGAUAAAAGAAUGUCUUUUACUACGAAUAGUACGCGUAUCUGUCCCUACAUACCGUGUGAGAGGUCAGCCAGCUCAGUUAGAUUGCGAGUAUGAAUUGGGUGACGACACACUAUACUCAGUGAAGUGGUAUAGAGAUAAUGAGGAGUUCUACAGAUAUUUGCCGAAAUAUGAUCCGCCAAAACACGCGUAUAAACUCGACGGUAUUAAAGUUGAUCUUUCAAAGUCAGACGAUCGCCACGUCGUGUUGCACCAGGUGACGUUGAAGUCGUCAGGUCUAUACAGAUGUGAAGUGUCGGCGGAAGCACCGAGUUUCGCGUCCACCGCCGGCGAGGGAAGAAUGGACGUCAUUUAUCUACCACGAGAGGGCCCGAGAAUAACUGGGAAUGAGCAAGAAAAUAGAGUAGGAGAUUCUCUCUUCCUAAACUGCACCUCAGGGCGAUCGUACCCUGGUGCGGUGCUCAGUUGGGAUAUUGAUGGUGAAAAGGUGACUGACCCAAAUCUUUUGGUCCAAUACCCACCAAUCCAGCACGCGCAUGGGUUGGUUUCAACAGCCUUGGGCUUGCUGGUGCCAACGGGGAAAACCAUGCAAGUAAAAUGCACGGCCAGAGUGGCUCCUGCUUGGCGGGAAGGCAGUGAAGCAGUGGUUGGUAAUAGCCAAGUAGCGGAUAGUAAAGAGGCCAUGUUAUUAGUGCGAAGUUCAGCCGUGGCGUCUACAUUAAGUAUAACAUUGUUAACACUUUCUCUUCUUCAAAUCCUCUUAACACAAUCAGAGACGUGAUGAAUUAUCUAUUAACUUACUUAUCUGUGGAAUAUAGAGGUCUAAACGUGUGCGGAAAGUUAUUGUCUAUGAUUUGUUUACUGUAUUCUGUGAAAAACAAGCCGUAUUUAUGAUUACAUUUUAAAUUUGGAAAAUAAGUUACCGUUAUCUGGGGGCCUCACAUGACGACUAGCUGACUAUUUAACUGUCCUGUUUUCGAACCAUAAACGAAAGAAGCCGGCGACAAUCUGGCAUUCUCUCACCGGUUAUGUUUUAGCCCAGAAAGUUGUAAGAAUAAAUAUACUAUACCAGAACAAUAAUUACGUAUGAUUUGUAAGCGAGAGAUGAUGUAACUGGUCAGUCACAAAUGGUUUCAUGAUACAAAUUAAACCCUGACAAACCUCGACUAUAAGUUGACAUGUCAGGCACUUGGUAGGUGUUUAUUAUCUUCAUGUUAGGCCUCCUGAUGGCCAGAUAUGUAUAAAUAAUUCAAAAUAUAGCGUAUUCCAAGGUCAUUAAUAUGGACCAGUAGAUUUAAGCUAGCUUAAACAGAUUUUUGCAUUAAAUAUGUUUUGGCAUAUUUAAGAAAAUGUCAUGAUAAUUUUAUCUUUAUUUCUGUAAGUAAGUUUGUGAUUCAUUUAACUGCCGCUUUGUUAUCGAAAACACAAUCCAACAUUAUAGAAAAAUAUAAAGAAGGAUCCCAUCAGUCUUUUUUAAUUGAAUAAUAGAGAAACGCAAACACAAAGUUGUAUUGCUUAUGGCUUUAAUAUAAUAUAUUCUAAAUGAAUUAAUUUAUAUGUCGCAGCCAACUAGCUUAAUUAGCCGUUCAAUUAACAGCCUAGCCUUUUAACUAAACGACGCCGUUUAACUAACGGCCUGAAAGAUAUUCAGCCGUUUGUUACAACAUUUAAUAAACUGGCUGGCUAAUGCUUAGGCCAUUCGUAUGAUAGAGUCAUUAUUUGGCGGAAAUAAAAAGAUAAAAAUAUGACAUAAAAUAUUAAUUUUAAAAUUAAAUUGCUUGAAUCAAAUUCACAUUAUUAUUGUCACUACACUCUUCAAUUUUACUUGUUGUUUUUCAUGAAACUGGAAAACAGUAUCAAAGUUGUGGUUUGCCGACGCCAUAUUGACGAUUUGAAAAAUGUCGUUUGUUUGAGUUUGAGAGUGAAAGGUGGAAUUAAAUUUAAAUUAACAGUCAACAGGCUAGGCAAGCAAUGAAACGUCAUCGUUCCAAGUCAUUUGCCUAGCUGUUUGAUCAACUGGCUGAACAACUUUCAGGCCACUAGUUAAAUGGCGCCGUUUAAUUAAACGGCUAGGCUGUUACUUGAACGGCUAAUUAAGUUAGUUGGCUGCGACAUAUAUACAUUGUGCGAAAUCAUAUCAGAGAUUAUGUUAAUUAUCAGUAUGAUGAUUAUUUGUAGAUGUCGAUAACAAAACGGCCUUAUUCGUAUGCUCUAAUUGUCGUAUCAUAUAUAAAGAUGGCGGUUUGCGCUGCGGCCAUGACAUGAGACCGAGACCAGGUACAGAGACAACAAACCACGACGGAUGUCUUGGUGCCUUCUGCAUGUUCUGUGGGUUAAUAUCACGAACAAAGCCACAACAGUAUUGUACUCUUUCGAUGGAGUCAGUUGUUAUUAUGUAUUACUAUGUACUAAAUUUACACUGUAAUAUCAAUAACUAUUCAAUUAGACUUUUUUGUGACCAUUAUCAUGAAUUAUUUCUAACCAUUUUCGCUACUUAUAUAGUAUAACUAACAUCAUAUAAGUCAGAGGCAUCUUUUUGUCUUCGGUCUCACGUUAUUGUCUGCUCCAUACAAAGUUUAAAAACAAGUGCCGCUCGCGUCUGUCUUUGUCUCUCUUGUUGCGGUCGCGGCGUGAACAGCCUUAACAACCUUAACGCGCCACGUUUAGAAUACUAAGUUAUUGCUGCAAGAAGGAUACUUGCCGAUUCUAUGCUUUUGAGGAACAUUUUUGCUUUGUUUUAUGAAAAUUGCGCAGUAUACGAAUGCAGGUAUCCUGUAGAUCAGUGUUUCCCAACCUUUUUGUACCAUGCCCCCCCUUAGCCAACCUAAAAUUCUUAUGUAAUAUGAGACAUACAUAAUAUAUAUGUAUAUUUUAAAAAAAA